ACGACCACCGGCACCGGCCACGCUCGCGCAUUUCGCGUUCCGCAUUUCCGCCGUGCAGUCCCAUCCAGCGCCGACCGUGUCCAGCCCGAGACUCAACUGCACCGCCGCCAUCAUCCGGGUAAGCGUUCGAUUUUGACGUUAUUUUUUUUCUUCACGAGCGAAAUAUUCGCGUAGGCCGAGGCCGUAUUCGCCGGUUUAGAUUAUGCCGGGGGUAGGUAUACGAAUUCGAUCGAACCGUUAUGGGCGCGCGACGCAUUGUUUACGGCGAUCGAUUUCGAUUAUACGACGUUUAAAAAUAAUAAAUCAUUAUCGCGCGCGUUUUACGGUAUUUUUCAAAAGUUUUCACGUGUACCGUUAAUCUGUUCGUAUUACAAUGCGAACAGUUCGGGCAAAUUCGAUUUUUCAAUGCGACAAUAAAUUUCUGUUUAUCAUUGUUGUUGUACAGCUUUAGGCGUUUUCGCAUUAUUUUUAGAUUAGAUAGCACUUUUAUAAGCACCUAUAUUUCGGGAUGGUUAACGGUGUAACCAAAUUUACACCGCAUACGGAAGAAUUAAAAGCGAUCUCGCUGCUCCGGGACCGUGGACAAAAAAAAACCGACGGUUUUUCGUACCUUUUUCAUUAUUUACGUUUAAACGAUUAACCCCCCCCCCCCUCCCCCGUUUCGUAUGAUAAUAAAAUGUAUAAUAUUACGCGCAAUGACUUGAGCGAUGGUACAUUCUAUACACGAUAUUUCGACGAGCUGCACAUGUUGUUUAUAUAUUAUUAUUGGCACAGCAUACCGAUAUCAACCGUUCGUCUUAUCGAUAUUAUUACGUGUUAAAUAUAAAUUGUGUUAUAGACUUAUUAAGUACCUAAAAUAUAUAUUGAAUAAAAAAAAAAAAAACCAAGAUAAGCGCGGUGUUUAUUUGAGUCGCGUUUUAUUGAUAACGCUAUAACGACGGCAGUAUAAUAUACAGUUUUAAUAUUACAAUAUUGUAUUCGAUUUGAAUUUCGGACGGUUGUAAAUAGCACGGAAAUCGACGGGGUAUUAUUGUACCGUAAAACUUCCGCACAACGAUCACCGAAGAUACCGGACAUAAUGACCGUUAUUUAAAGGUGGCCGUCCUUUAGCGGUUUCCUAUUGAAGGAUAACACUUGACGGACCAAAAAAACAUCACCGUUAACGGAAGUUUCACUGUAUUUUUGAAAAUCGUACCGCGUCUUGAGACGAACACCGCGUGAACAACAUUCCCGAAUAACCGGCGAAGGUACAAAAUCGAAAAUAACGACGAUGCGUUUUUGAUAAUGUUCCCGUUUUUCCGACGAUUUCCACCAACCCUUCCCCCCCUCCAACCUUCGCGGCUGUUGAGAAUCGAAAAAAAAAACGCCGACCCUUUAAAUGCGCCGACCGGAUAGAAUAUCUGGUAUUUCGAUCGGACCGAGAGUGGCCGGUAGAAAAACAUUGUUCGCGGAUAGGAAAACGAUUCGACUCGGUCCACCUAUACCGAACAACGCAAACCAAGUAAAACUAGCUUGAUUUUGAUUUUAGAGUAUAACCUAACCUAAUCUAACCUACAUUGUGCAAUGUACAAAGAAGAAUAUUUCGUAGAGAACCCCGUCGGGUUUUUGUAUUUUUCUAAACGUACCGUAUCUCGAUAUAAAAGGAGGCACAGAAAACCUUUUUUUUUUUUUUAUAGUUUUUUUAUGGAACUGUAACUUUUUCAAUAGUUUAUAAUUCAAAAAAACACCUAUUAGAUUCUCUAAAGAACGAAAUAUCGUUCUCUUUUCAUUUCAGUAUUUCGCAACAAAUACUUGUAAUCUAAAAUCGAAAUUAGCUACAGUUUCACUUAUAAUACGCGUAAGCGUAUUGUUUUUGCGUUUUGCCGGGUAGUCCGGGCAAAACAGUAGACGCGAGUGUUUAGACGUCCUCUCAAUGAAAAAUACGCUCGCGCUAUUAAAAAUGCGUAAUGCUUUCGCGAUUUCUCGGUGAGUCGACUUUCCCGACGCGUGCCGAUAACGUCACACGGAUUGCCGGCAGUAGUUUUAGCUGUUCCCGUUAAAAAAUAUAUUAUCAGUAUUAUUGCGUUUUUGUUUGAUUUCGGUACCGGUCUCCUCUACUUCUUCUUCUUCUUCUUCGACCUAACCGACGAAGAAAUCGCGACAAGUUCAGCUACCUCGUCACGUUCUAUUUUGUCUCGCCUAUAACGUACAGUUUCCGUUCGUCAAACACUCGCUUCGAAAAUGCGAAUGCUAUUGUACAAAAUUUCCUAUUGCAAAUGGCCGUCGGCAAUCCGAUCGACACAGGGUGAACGUAUCAGGUGGUCCAUUUAAGUGAGUUAUCACUCAUUAUCCCGGAAAGCAUUAGCUUUUUCCGGAAUUUGUUUUUAAUAACAUUUAAGAAACAAGCUGCUCUACAAUUUUAUAUUUAUGCUAUUUUUCGUCACCCUUAUUUGUGGGGGGUAAAACCACUACCUAUUUUUGAUUUUCAAACGGCAACGUAUAUGAAAAAUUCCACGGAUAGAUUAAGUGUUAAAGCGAAUUCAAGUGUUAAAAUGUUUGAUUUCUGUCAGGUCGUUAACGAGUGAGUUAUUCCGCUUUUAAAUUUGGGUUUAAGGAGAGUAGUGUCAUUCGUUUGGCGGUACGGCGCACGGCGUGUUAAUAACGCACCGCUACUCUCCUCGUCUAACCAAAACUUGAAAGUGAAAUAUCUCGUCUGUGGUUUGAAGGCAAUCAAAAAUGUCAACACUAAAACGUGUUUCAACUAACAUCCCAUCCAUGUAUGAACUAUUUAAUGUGGGUUGUCGUUUGAGAAUCCAAAGUGGAUAGUCGUUUUACUCUCGAAAAUUAGGGCGACGAAAAAUAAUGCAAACUUUAGAACGGCUCGUUCCUGUAACGUAUGUCCCAGAAAACGGAUCCCGAAAAAAAGUCAAUACUCUCCGAAAUGAUGAGCGCGCCCGCAUGAACCGCAUGAUCGCCCGGCGCUGUACCGUAAAUCAAUCCGUCCGGCGCGGCGCGAACCUGUACGGACGGUUUUUUUUUUAUUUGCCGUGUCGCUUAUCGGACGGCCAAACAUUGAUUACGGACGUAUGCGCACGACAAACACUGAUUACGGACGUAUACGCACGACAAACACUGAUUACGGACGUAUACGUACGACAAACGUUGAUUACGGACGCGCGGCAGACGUCGAUUGCGCGCGUGACGAAUAUUAAACGUUGCCGGCGAUAAGGCGCUGCUACGACAAGAGUGUAGGCGCAACAGAAAUGGCAUAAUGUUGUCCGCGCGCGCGUAUUCACGAAUUUCGAUCGGUUUGCGUGCCGUCGAACGAGCCGCGCGCUCGCGAAACAUCGCGAAAUCGUAUUGUUCGUCGGACGCGAUUCGCACCGCGACGGUGUUUCGCCGGUCUCGUCGGAUAACAUUGUAGAACGCCUUCAAAGGGGCGCCCGACGGAAAACCCGCGGGACGUUCGGAUAUUCCUGUAAGUGUAAUAACAUCGUAAUGUACACGACAACGCGUCGCGAUGCCGCGAACGACAGACCUCCGUCCGCACAGUCGUUCUCGCGUAUAUCCGCCCGCGCGCGCGCCACGCCGUACGCGAAUCGCGGCGUUUCGAAACGCGCGGACGAUUAUCGCCGAGAAUCGUUUCGUCGUUUCGCGCGCACGGACGCAAAUCGAUUUGCCAUCCCCGCGUCGUCGGCGUGACGGUCGGUUUUUGUUUUCGUGGUGUUUUAUCUACUCUGUCGUGUCGCGGUCGACGCGUUUCUCUCGCGAAUUUCGCGCAACGACGACGCGUCGGUAAAUCCUCGACAAGUCGACAACGCCCGACCGACCGGUACUGCGGAGGCCCGCCGUCGCGAUUGAAUGUUCCGCAAUACCGAAUUGUCGUCGACUUUGACGAGAAAAAACAAACCAACGGGACCGUUUACCCAUUUAUCAUUUGCCAUUUUCUAUCGGUUUAAUGAUACGCCGCCGUCUCCCGGCGCAAUACACGACCAUUGCUGACGAGACGGUCGAUUUCAAUUGUUUUAAACGUUUCAACGACCGCGGGAAAUUUGCGCCGCACGAGUCCGCUUGGUCGUCCAAUUGGCUUCGUUCACCGGCGCCCUCGGCCACGAUCGCCAGUGUCCCGCGACCAAUCGCCGAACCAUUCGAAUUAUUACCGUCUCCCCGCCGGAAAAAAUGGCCGUCGACGUCCCCGGCGAACCCGGGCGUGCGAUCCUUCCGCGUUGUUCCCACGGGAUCCCGAUCCCGGCUGUUGUGUUCCGCGUACGACCGGUGCCCGCGGGGCGACUCGAACGCGCGUGUGGGAGGGAGGGGGGGCAUCGUCAAUAUACGCCGAUUCUAAAUUAAUUACGAUGGAUUACGAAUCCGUUUUUAUCCUGCGGUUUUCGACUGCGCACCGCGAAUUAUCCUGCGUCACGCGUCAUUGCGACACGAUUCACGCAGUUUAAGUCGUUCAUGUAUCAUACGAAUUAUUAUGAUUGUCGUUUCGCGAUUGAUUGUAAGCUGCGGAGCGCGAACAGAUAAAAUAAAAUAUUUCGGCGCGAGCUGUAUGGUAAUCGACCGUUUUGUUAUAACAUAGGAAUACGUAUUUUAUAAAUAUUUCAAAAAGUGUCGAUUGUGUACACCGUUGAUCUUUCGGAGCUUGUCUACAGACGCAAAAUCGUUAUUUAUCACACCUUCGCGAUUCAAUAUUGUUCCGAUAGUUUUUUUUUUACAAUGCGAACCUGCGCUCCUGUUAGAUUUAUUUUGUAGACUGGUUCGGCUUUCAACCGACUGUUCACUAGUUAACGAUCGGCAUACUGUUCGGGCAUAACAUUGUCAAAGCACUUUUUCGCGGUUUUCCGAUUUGUUUUCACGCAUCAUCCGUUAUGGAAGACGGAGCUUUACGCGGAGCGUUUCGUGAAGCAUUUUAUCGUAACACUUGUUCGCGUUUAUUAAAAACGCUCGGGAUCGAUAACAAUUCAGUGUGCCACGUGUUCAACGAAUUAAUAUAAGUGCACGAUGUAUCGCGUGAAAUGUAACGCGUAGUUAAAUCGAACAAUCGAAUUACUAUUUGUCGAAUGACCGCGGGACAGUGUGACGCAUUACAUUAUUUUGACGUUUUGCAGGUCGAUAAUUCCAACGAUUGGAUACACAGUGUUAGCGAUAUGGACCUGUCAUUGUUGAACAAGCCGGAGAAGGACGCGCCGAAAGUGUUGGACAAACCGACCGUGUACGCGGACGGCGGCUCCGAAACCGCGGCCGUGCCGCUGGACCUGUCAGUGAAAAAGAACCAGUCCGCGGCCGUGCCGGCGGAGCAGCCGCCCCAUGACAGCGACGUCAAAGGCAUCGACGUUUGCCCGGACGCCGACGAUGAACGGCCUCCUGCUUCGAAGGCGCGCGCCUUCGAAUCGGAAUUCGCGGACGUACCGGCCCAGCGUGUCUACUGCGCGCCCGAAGUGUCCCCGCUGAUCGCGGACCACGUUUCGCCGGCCGACCAUAGCGUCGCGCCCACCGCGCCGGACGCCUCGGCCGCUUCCUUUCGCCCGUACACCAACCCGAUGUUAUUUCCCGCUUUUGCCGACGCUCAGUUCCCUUCGGUCUUGCCGCCUUUACCCCCGUUGCUGUCAUCUUUGCCACCGUUGCCGUCGCUCUUGCCACCGUUGUCGGCGCUGACCGCUCCGGUGCCCAUCGCGUAUCCACUGCUCCAGGACGCUUCGGCGCCGUCCUUGCAGUAUCAUCACCAUCUCCAGCAGCAACAACAUCAACUCCUGCAACACCAGCACCAACUUCAGCUCCAGCAAGAGCACCAGCUACAGCUCCAGCAACAACAGCAUUUCCAUUUCCAGCUCCAGCAGCAGAUCCAACUCCAACAACAGCAGUUGGCCUCGUACGCGGGCGGUGCCGUCACGUUCCAGGUCGGCACGCCGCUGCUGUACGCGUCUGAUUCGCCGUCGUCUUCCGCGUCCGAUUGCAAUCAUUUCCAGUACGGCGGCGUGCACUCCGGCAUGCCUAGGGCGGGCUGCUAUAUCGAGUAAGUGUAGUCAUCGCAAACUUGUAACAUUUUCGGUUUUUAAUCGGUUAUGGAUCGAUCCCGAUUCCAUACGUAGCGCAGAGGGUCGGGAAAAAAAAUCGACCAUCCGUUCGCUACCCAUCGUGUUAUGACGGUGUAAUUAUAAUAAUGUGAUGGUUUUUUUUUUUUUUUUUGUCGCGCAGGCAUCAUCCGCAUUGCGGCGACAUGGUCGACGAGAGAGGAAUGCGCGCCGGCGACGAAAGCUUCAGCAGCAGCGGCCGGUCGGACUGCGUGACGCCCGACUGGACGCCCGAAGAGGUGGCCGAGCGUCGUCGCGCUCUGGAGGAAGAACCGGUCAUUGAACCGGACGAGAUGGCCGAGGAGAUAGCGGCCAUUUACAGGCAGUCGGAUUUCAUCAUGUUCAGACAACGGUACUUGGAGAGCUUGGGACCGCCGAAGAACUUCGAGAAGAUGCGCCGUUCGGUGCCGGGCAAGCGGUUCGGCGGCGGCGGUCCGGACCACGUGUACGUGAUGAAGCGCCAGAAGAACAACGAGGCGGCCAAGAGGUCCAGGGACGCGAAACGCCAGAAGUACAUCGAGAACCAGAUCAGCGUCAUAUACCUGACCAAAAAGGUGAACGAGAUGAAAGAGAUCAAGAGACGUCUGUUGAUGUCCAUGUGAACGGUUUUUGUGACUCCUAUUAAAUAUUAUUAUCGAGUAUAAAAUAUAUUAUUUUUUCAAAAUUGAUACGACUAAAAAAAAAAAAAAUAACAUUAUUUCGUCAAACAAACAUUCAACUUUUAUUUUAAUUUAUUACUAUUAUUAUUAUUAUUAUUAUUAUUAUUAUUAUUAUUAUUGUAUUAUUGACGUUUGUCAAACAAAUUCGCUCUACUUCGUAGAUAUUUUAUGAUCUUCUUAGAUAUUUCUCAUUUUUAUAAAAUAAAAAAAAAUCUUUUUGAAUAUUAAAUAUUAUUUUCGUAUUAUUUAAUCGACUGCGGUGUUUGCAUAAAUACCGUUCACGUAUACAUCAGUGUACCGAUUAUAUUCGGAAAAUUAUUAUUACGAACAGCGUUUUUUUCGUUUUUCAAAUUGAAAAAAAAAAAAAAAAAAACAUUACUAUAAUGUCAUUAUUUUUUUAAUCUUCGGUCUGCGUACGAACCAUAUUAUAUUUCAUAAUUAGCCGUACUGAGAAACAUAGUAAUAUAUUAUAUUUCAUUGUCAUUUUUUUUUAAUACACAUAUAUAUCACUGUACCAACACUAUCUAUAGUGAUUGUAAGUAACAAUUAUUGUCAAACAUACCAAUACGAUCAUGUCCAGUUAAAUUGUUGAACUCAU